AUGGGUUUUCGACUGGGAUUCAUCUUCGACGGCGGCGAGGCUAAGGAGCUAAUACCGCUCAAGCUUCUCUACGUGAUCCACUACUUCGCCUUCUCAAUGCAGACGUACCUGCCGAUCUACUUCGAUACGACGGCUAACUUCUCGAAGGCGCAGAUCGGUGUGCUUCUCUCUAUUCCGUGCAUUUGCGCCAUCGUCAGUCCACCGGUUUGGGGAGCCAUCGCCGACGGUAUUCACAACCAGAAGCUCGCGCACACGGUGUGCCUUGUGUCGGCGGCGUUCUUGUUCUUCUCCAUCCAGUACGUUUCGUCGUUCCCGAUCAUGUGUGCGAUGGUGUUCAUCGCCAACUUCCAGACGCAGCCGUCCUUCUCGCUGCUUGAUCACGCGUCGAUGGCGUGGCUAGAGCGCGUUGGUGGAGACUACGGCAAGCAGCGCCUAUACGGUGCGGCAGGGUACGGUGCUGGAGGUUACUUCGCCAGUGUGGUGGCUUCAUCUCUCGGCAUUAAGUGGUGUUUCAAUAUGGUGCUCAUUCUAUCGAGUAUAUCGCUGUUCCUGCUGCUGACGUACGUCCCGAACUUCCAGCACGAAGCGGAAAAGCACCAGAAGGGCGAGUUACUCAAGAGUUUGAAGGCCAUUCUUCGCCAGCACGACGUGCUCGUUCUCUUCGUGAUUGUGAUUUUGGGUGGAAUCAUGGGGGGAUUGAUAGACAACAUGUUGUUCCUGUAUCUCUUCAACCUGUCCGGCAACAAUCCGCACAUCGUCGGCGUGGUCAUCGCUGUCGAGACCAUCUCGGAGCUGCCAUUUUUCUUCCACGCCAACAAGAUCAUUGAGCGCUUCGGGACGCCCAAGUGUGUCUUCGUGAGCUUGGUCGCGUACGGUAUUCGUAUGGUCACGUAUACGUUCAUCCAGCACCCGUGGCUGGUUCUUCCGAUCGAGGUGCUGCACGGCUUAACAUAUGGGUUGCUGCUGGCGGCAUUUACGAACUAUAUCUAUGAGGCUGCUCCCAAGGGUACAGAGGGAACGAUGAUCGGUGUGCUCUUCGCUGUCCAACGCGGCAUUGGCGGUGGUCUGAGUACUCUCGGAGGUGGUUGGGUCUACGAAGUGUUGGGAGGUCGCGCUAUGUGGGGCAUUGCGGGCUUCGUUGUGUUCCCGCUCUCACUGCUGGUCACGGGCGGAUUCGCGUACUUGGCACAUAGCUACGCCACGCAGAGCCCGGCCGUCAGCAAGGGUAGCGUCACGUCGGACGAGAGCUCAUUGCUUGCCACGUCGGAUGACUACGGCGCCACUGUGGACGUCAGCGCGCAGUGUUAAGUGGUAAAAAAUGUCUUGAAGUAGAGGUAGGAGACAUACAUGUAGAUGUUCAGCCAGCGCCAAGUCACCCGUCGCAAUAUAACGCCGUGUUCGACGUCUUUCUAGAGCUCGUGGUCAGAAGCACAUGAGCAUGGCGAUUGUGUCAAA